CCAAGUGCCCGUUGCCGGUAGGGCACAUAAGUGGAGAGGGUCGGGAGAGCCAUGGACCUGCGAAGGAACACACACUGACUGAACGAACGACCUAUUGGUCUUUCCGCGCUCGUCCAUCUUCGUGACGAAGAUUCUGGUUUGCUUGCAAACGCGUCCAACAGACAACCGUUAGCGUCGCACAUGAAAAUGUACCCUCACAAUCAUUUGGAUCUAAAAUGAUAUGGUCUUGUGGAGGUCACUGUAAGUCUAUCAGUCUGUUUCGGUCGCCUCUGAGCGAGUGUGCAGACAAGAAGCCAUGGCUCUGCUACUGGAGCACCAGUUCAGAGCACUGCCAGCUGACAGACACGUGGAAACCAGACCUUUUCUCGAGGCUGCGUCCUACCUUCCGCCAUUCUUUGACUGCCUCGGCCCGACCGUCUUUGCGCCCAUCAAGUCUGACAUAUUAGCAAAUAUUACAAAAAUCAAGGCAGUCUAUGACACCAACCCAGGACGCUUCAGGACCCUUCAACAGAUUUUGGAGGUUGAGAAGGAAACGUAUGGAUCACAAUGGCCCAAAGUUGGAGCCACGUUGGCACUCAUGUGCCUGAUAAGGGUCCUACGCUUUAUCCAAGUGUUCCUUCAAAGCCUGCUUGAUGGGGAAAAGGAUGAAUACAACCCCAACCUCAUUCGAGUCAAUGUGACCAAAGCAUAUGAAUUGGCAUUGAAGCGAUAUCAUAGUUGGUGGGCCCAACAGCUUUUCAAGGCGGCUCUAUUUGCGGCCCCUUACAGACCGGACUUCCUGAAGGCGCUCUCCAAAGGCCGGGAAGUCAAGGAAGAGGAGUGUCUGGAGAAAAUCAAGAAAUUCCUGAUCAACUUCUCCGCCACAGUCGAUGUUAUUUACGAGCUGUAUCAUAAAAUGAACGCUGAUCUUGACGACAGAGUCUGAGAGCGUUAAAACCGUUUGGCCGUCACCGAUGUGCUUUGUUGACACUCUACACGGUCUUAAUUCUUACAAAUGUACUGUCGGUGCACUUUUGUGUCUUUUUGCCGAUGCUUUCACUCCAUUACUUUCACUGCACAUAGUUGACAUGAUGGUAGACUCUCAACGCUAUUGUUAUCCA